GACAGGACCACUCCUCGAAAUAUAUUUUAGCCAACCCAAACCAAAAAACGCGACCCACCGUCUCUUAUCUCGUCUACGACCACAAACCUAGUCUGUCUGACACGUCCUUAACGAUCUCAGAAUGUCAGUCGUUGGUAUCGAUUUUGGCACGCUCCACAGCAAGAUCGGCGUUGCAAGAAACAGAGGAAUCGAUAUCAUCGUUAACGAGGUCUCUAACCGUGCUACUCCAUCUCUAGUCGCCUUCGGGCCAAAACAACGUGCGAUUGGCGAGCCAGCCAAAACGCAGGAAAUAUCCAAUUUCAAAAACACAGUCGGGUGCUUGAAGCGUCUGAUUGGCCGGACAGUCAAUGAUCCAGAGCUUAAUGACGAGCGAAAGUUCCUUCACGCUACUCUCGUCGAUGUGAAUGGCACCGUCGGUGCGGAGGUGGAUUAUCUCGGAGAGAGACAAAGGUUUUCUGCCACUCAGCUAGUCUCGAUGUACUUGGGAAAGUUGCGAGACAUCACCUCAGGGGAACUCAAAGUCCCUGUGUCCGAUUUUGUCAUCGCUGUUCCAGGAUGGUAUACAGACAUCCAGCGGCGAGCGAUCCAAGACGCCGCCGCCAUUGCCGGCAUGAACGUCCUCCGUGUCAUCAACGACACCACAGCUGUCGCACUGGGAUAUGGUAUCACGAAAUCUGACCUUCCCGAUCCCGAAAACCCACGCCAUGUUAUGUUUGUCGACGUCGGACACUCAUCCAUGUCUGUCUCCAUCGUUGCUUUCGCAAAAGGCCAGCUAGCCGUCAAGGGUACCGGCUAUGAUCGUCACCUCGGAGGUCGCGACAUCGACUAUGCACUUCUGCAACAUUUUUCUGCAGAGUUCAAGCAGAAAUAUAAAAUUGACGUUUUGUCCAGCCCCAAGGGUACCUUCCGCCUGGCUGUCUCAUGCGAGCGUCUGAAGAAGAUACUGUCUGCUAACAUGGAGGCCCCUUUGAACGUCGAAUCCAUCAUGAACGACAUUGAUGCCUCGUCGAGACUCACGCGCGACGAAUAUGAAGGACUUAUAGCCCAUCUCCUUGAACGAAUCCCAGCCCCUAUCAAAGAGGCCCUCGCCGAGUCGGGACUUUCUGUCGAUCAGUUAGACUCGGUCGAACUCGUCGGUGGUACGACUCGUAUCCCUGCUGUGCGCGCUCAGAUUCAGGCUGCGCUCAAUGGAAAAGCCCUAUCGACGACUGUCAAUCAGGAUGAGGCAUGUGCUCGAGGUGCAACAUUCGCCUGUGCAUUCUUCUCGCCCACUUUCCGUGUGCGAGAGUUCAACGUCAAAGACAUCAACCAUUACCCCAUCAAGGUGACCUGGGACCGGGCACCUGGUGACCCCGACGAGGAUACCGAACUCGUUGUUUUCCCCCGUGGUAAUACUGUACCUUCCACCAAGGUCCUUACCUUUUACCGCAAGGAAGCCUUUGAGCUCCGCGCAGAGUAUGCAGAACCGGAGAAGUUACCAGGCGCCAUCAACUCCUGGAUUGCACGCUUUUCCGCGAAGUCUGUCCCUCCUGACCCAUCGGGUGAUCUCAACUGCGUGAAGAUAAAGACGCGGCUGAAUAUCCAUGGCACCAUGGGCUUCGAGAUGGCAUAUGUUGAGGUGGUCGAAGAGCGCGAGGAGCCGGCCGCGAUGGAAGUGGAUGGUGAAGCCGUUGAAAGCGCGCCCUCGAAGAAGAAGCGUACGGUCAAGAAGGUUAACGUGCCCUUCGUUACUGGCACCACCUCCCUUGACCCUACCAUCAUCGACAAGUGCAAGGAGCUUGAAGCGCAAAUGCACACCUCCGACAAGCUUGUCCAAGAUACUGAGGACCGCAAAAACGCGCUUGAGGAAUACGUGUACGAUAUGCGCGGUAAGCUAGAGGACCGCUAUGGGUUGUACGUAAAGGCAGAGGAAAAGGAGAAGCUUAUGGCAAUGCUUCAGGAGGCUGAGGAUUGGCUGUACAGCGAGGAGGGCGAGGACGCUACAAAAUCUGCCUAUGUUGCCAAACUCGAUGGCCUCAAAGUUGUUGGCGAUCUCAUCGUCAAUCGCUACCGCGAAGCCGAAAAGCGUCCCAAAGACAUCGCCCAACUACGCCAGACGAUCAACGAGUACUUUGCGCAGGCGACGUCCACAGAAGAGAAGUACGCACACAUCGACGAGAAGGACAAGCAGGGCGUUGUUGAGAAGUGCGCUACUGUUCAGAAGUGGCUCGAUGACCAAAUUGCAAGACAGGCAGAGCGUCCCAAGAACGACGACCCCGUGCUGAAAACGGCUGAUAUUCUGAAGAAGAGGGAGGAGCUCAUCUACUUUGCUGUACCCAUUCUUACGAAGCCGAAGCCGAAGCCCGUGAAGGUGGACCCAACACCGGCCGGAACGCCCACUGGUCGCCAGACUCCUCAGACCGGAACUCAGACGCCUGACCCUGGCACUCAACCACAGGGCGAAGCACCACCAAAGGCGGACGAGGAAGCUCGUGGACCACCCGAGAUGGAUGUUGAUUAGCUAGGCUGUUUUGCUCCCAAAUUUGCAUCGAGUCACAGUAAUCUGCAGCAAGUGUUGUUGGAUAGAAUGUGUAGACAUAUUUACUUAGUACCGCAGUGUCAUAUGAUAGUGCAACUCGAGCUUUUGCUGCGGAAAUC